UUUGUUUUUAACUAUCUUGUAGAAUAAUACACAAAUUUGUAAGUUAUAACUAAAAAAAUUAAGUGCAAAGUAAACCAAAAAUACUAAUAUGAAGAUCUCAAAUAUAUUAUCCAAAUUUUGUGUUUUAUUUUUUAUUGACAUUUUUGUGUCCAGUUUAAUAAAAGAUGUACAUUCAUCAAGAGUAUUGGAACUUAGUGAUGGGUUUAUAGAAAUGAAAAAUGAUGGACAUUGGUUCAUAAUGUUUUAUGCUCCAUGGUGUGGUCAUUGUAAAAAGCUAGAACCUAUUUGGCGUCAUGUUGCUCAAGCAUUACACCAUUCUGAUAUAAGAGUUGGAAAAAUCGAUUGUACUAGAUAUAAAAGAGUGGUUUCUGAGUUUGGAUUAUCAGGAUAUCCUACUAUUAUAUUCUUUAGAGAUAGAGAAGGUGAAUUUCAUUUCAAUAGUGAACGAACUACUGAAGAGAUGGUUCAUUUUGCAAAACGAUUGGCUCGUCCACCAGUUCAAGAAGUCACUGAUAGUAAAGACAUUGAAAUGCUCAAGCAGUCAAAGAAAAACUUCUUUAUGUAUAUUGGAAAAAGCAUUGGUCAUACUUGGGAUCUUUUUUAUGAUUUGGCAAAACAAUAUCAAGCUCAUUCUUAUUUUUAUAUAACACCGGAAGUAAUUGGAAAACAGCACUUUAUAUUUGGAGAAUCUCCUGCAGUAGUUGUUUAUAAAGAAGAAAAACAUUACUCUUUUAAUGCCGAUGAAUGGGAUAUGGAUUACAAUACAAGUUUAACCCAAUGGAUAAACACAGAAAGAUUCGAUACUUUUGUAAAAGUGACUCGUUCAAAUAUUCACCAUAUGUUAGAAACUAAUAAGUAUUUAGUUUUAGCAUUAGUAGAAGAGAAUAAAAUUGAAAAACUGCCACCACAUCAUUCUGAAUUUCUUCAAAUGGUAGAAUCAGUUAUCAUUAAAAACAGAGAACGUUUUCAUAGAGACUUUCAAUUUGGUUGGAUUGGUUCACCAGACUUUGCCAAUGCUAUCACUUUAUCUGAUGUUACUUUACCAUCAUUAAUUAUAUAUAAUUCGACUACUAGACAUCAUCAUUUUCCUGAAGAAAACUCUCAUGAACUUACUCCUGAAUCAAUUACUUUAUUUCUAGAAGCUGUAAGAAAUCAAUCAGUCAAGGCAUAUGGAGGAAGUGGUAUUUUAACACAAAUGUACAGGGUAUAUUAUGAAACCAAGACAUCAUUAUUAAAUAUUUGGUCGAGUAACCCUGCUGUUGCUAGUGUCUUAUUUGGAUUACCAUUGGGUUUCCUAAUGUUAAUUUGCUACUCGACGUGUUGUACAGAUAUUAUGGAUGCUAGUGAUGAUGAUGAAGAUAUUGAGGAUUUGCACCAUGAGAAGAAAGAAUAAGCUAUGCAGCCUUCAAAAGUUAAAAAAUUUUAAUUGAAAAAAUUCCAGAAGUUAAAUUAUUAUUUGUAAUGUAAAUAUGUAUUUAUUU